AUGGCCUACGAGAUCUACAAGAGGCACGACUUAAACGUCUCAUCUCACGGAUGUGCAUGGGGAGGAGUUGUUGAGAAGAGAAUGGAGGUAAUGGGAGUUUCGCGUGAAUUUGACGAGUUGCUGGAGAGGAUUCUUGUGGAACAUGAAGAGAAAGCGGAGGAGCAUCAAGAUAGGGACAUGAUGGAUUUGUUGUUGGAAGCUUAUCGAGAUGAAAAGGCAGAGUAUAAGAUCACUAGGAACCAGAUCAAGGCUUUGUUCGUGGUAAACUAA